GGAGAUGGUCAAAAUCCUUGUUUCAACGCCCAAAGGGGAAAUUUCAGCUAUUUCUUCAAGCACAGUUUGCUUGAAGAAAGAAGAAAGCUCGAGUUGAAGAGUCCAAAUCCUUGGCACUUCGCAUUUGGCAGACCUUUCUCGACCAUGGAAAUCCAUUUCCACAGCAAUUUUCAUCUCUUCCUCAGCUUAAUCUUCACCUUCUGCUUGUUCAUCUUCCCUUUCACCAUCCAAGCAUCCAAAGAAAAGACCACCUUCAAUUUCACCACAUUCAGCGCAGAUCAUAUGCCACAGAUAAAUUUCGAGGGAGACGCAUACGCAGAGAACCAAGUCAUUGAAUUGAACAAGAACUUGGAAGAAAUCGUUCCUUCUGGAAGUGUGGGUCGAGCAACUUAUUAUAAACCAAUGCAUUUGUGGGAAACUGUUUCUGGGAAUCUUGCAAAUUUCACAACUCAUUUCUCUUUCGUUAUCAAAUCCAGAGUUAACAUUACCCCAGCUGAUGGAUUGGUUUUUUUCCUUGCGCCUAAUGGCUCUCGACUCUUGCCUUCUUCUGGAUUUGGGAAACUGGGUAUUUACAGUGAUGACAAGAAUUUUCAGGCUAAUCAACCUGGUUUUGUUGCUGUUGAAUUUGAUACCUGGUGGAAUACCAAUAUCGACCCUGAAGGUGCUGGGCAACAUAUAGGUAUUGAUCUCAGCUCAUUGACUUCUGUCAAAUACGUCAACUGGUCGAAGAACAGUAUUGCUGAGGGAGGAAGAGUUGAUGUUUCAAUUCACUACGAUUCAAGCACAAAAAAUUUUAGUGUCACUGUGAGAGAUGGAGUGAAUCUGCAUACGUUAUCACACAUGGUAAACUUAAAGGAUUACUUGCCGGAAUGGGUUACCUUCGGAUUUUCAGCAACCACCGGCCGUGAUUAUUUUGAAAGAAACCAAAUUUACAUGUGGGAUUUUGAUUCAACCUUGCAACUUUCUCAAAAUUCAACCAACACAAGGAAUCCUCCAAGCUCAGCAAUCCCAAGAGAAGGAAAGAGUAAAGACACCACCCAGGUUGUAUUGGGUAUUGUUGGUGGUGCCCUGGGCUUGGUCUUGGUUAUUGCUGUAGUUUUGUUUGGAUUACGGUUGAAAAGAAGAAGACAGAGACCAGGUGCUUGUGAUAAUUUCGAGGGGACUGGACCAAGGAGCUUUUCCUAUAAGGAAUUGGUUAUUGCUACAAACAACUUCUCCAACGAACGCUUGCUGGGAAAGGGAGGAUUUGGAAUGGUUUAUGUGGGCUACUUGAGCGAUGGAAAUCCAAAUAUUGCUGUAAAGAGAAUAGCUUCUGAGACUCGACAAGGGUUGAAAGAGUAUGCUUCUGAAGUGAAAACCAUUAGCCGAUUGAGGCAUAGGAACUUGGUCCGACUCAUUGGCUGGUGCAGAAAACAUCAAGAACUCUUCAUUAUUUACGAGUACAUGCCAAAUAAGAGCCUAGAUUUCCAUCUUUUCCAGAACUCAAGCUCGUUGACAUGGGAAAAGAGAUAUGGCAUAGCUUUAGGCUUGGCCUCUGCACUUCUUUACCUCCAAGAAGAAUGUGAACAAUGCGUGCUGCACAGAGAUAUCAAGUCAAGCAAUGUGUUGCUGGAUUCUAAUUUCAACGCUAAGCUUGGUGAUUUUGGACUUGCUAGGCUUGUAGAACACGGCCAAGGUUCAGACACAACGAAGUUGAUUGGAACAUAUGGGUAUAUAGCUCCAGAGUAUAUUGAGAGCAGCAGGGCAACCAAAGAAUCAGAUGUCUACAGCUUUGGCGUUGUUGCUUUAGAAAUAGCAACUGGCAAGCCUGGUUUCAAAGGAGUUGGUGGAAAUGUUAUGAAAUUGGUGGAUUGGGUUUGGGAGCAAUAUCGAAGUGGAAAUGUUUUGGCUGCAGCUGAUCCACAAUUAUGCCAAGAUUAUAACGAGGAAGAGAUGGUGAGAUUGAUUGUUGUUGGGCUCGCUUGUGCUCAUCCAAACUAUUCUCAGCGACUGUCAAUUGGAGAAGCCAUUGAUGUGCUGCAAUUUAAAGCUCCAGUGCCUGAGAUUGUGUCUUAUCAAGCCAGCAUAAAUUCAUUCUCUGAAUUUUUAUCCCUUGGUGCUAGUGGUUCUGAGGCCAUGCCAGGUAAGGCAAAGCUUAGUUUUGAUUAAAUUAGGUAAGCAAUGUAAAGUCAUUAGUCAAUGUAAUGGGCUUUUCUGUAAGCUCAAUAAUUAUCAUGUUAUCUUCAUUUUCUGCAAGCUCAGUGUUCAAGCAUUCUUCCAGUUCAAAAAAUUCAUCCUCGUUCGUUGAAAUUAAGAAUUAUGGAAGAUAUAUUCAAUUUAA